GUGUGUACUGAUGCUACAAGUUUCGGAAAAGGAUUCUCUUAUCUGACGGUGAAAUUUGUUUUACAAACACAAAACCUUUCUUUAGGUGAUGUUGCCCAUCACACAAAUUGAAAAUGUCUGAAGACAUAUGUGAUGGCAUCCCAGCUGAAGAAAAACCUGAAGUAAUGGAAAUGCCCAGCAAGGAGGUGUUGCCUCAUGAGUCAGUACCACACCUUGUGGAAGCUGAGAUCUUGCAUGAGUCUUCACAAGAUGAACGUGGACAGGCUGCUCAGAGUGCCAGUAAUAGACAGGAAGGAGAAAUAUUUAUUAAUGAAAACCCUUUGACUGAAAAAUUAAAUGAAAGUCUGCCUUCCAAUGAAGAGGCAACUGAAGACGUGCCAGCUGAAUGCAGUGAUACCGUGAGCCUUGAUGCAGAACCUGAAUCUGAAGAAACACUGAAUGAACAAAGCAGUCCAGCCACAGACUCUUCAUCUAAAGCAAGUAGAUGGGGAGCUUGGGGUACCUGGGGAAAGUCUCUCCUGUCAUCAGCUUCUGCCACAGUGGGUCAUGGGAUAACAGCAGUAAAGGAAAAAGCAGGAUCUACCCUAGGAAUUCAUAAUACAAGUUCAGCAUCUUCAGAAACAGCAGAGUCUCCUGCAGCUGAAAUGCCAAUUACACAAGCAGAAGAUACUCUGGACCAAAGCUUUUCUGAGAAUAUUCCUUCUUCUCCUUCGUCUGGAUCUCGUGGCAUGUUGUCAGCUAUCACUAAUGCUGUUCAGAACACAGGGAAAAGUGUUUUAUCUGGAGGCUUAGAUGCUUUGGAAUUCAUUGGGAAGACAACCAUGAAUGUCCUUGCAGAAAGCGAUCCUGGAUUUAAGAGAACCAAAACACUGAUGGCAAGAACAGUUUCUCUUUCUCAGCUGUUGCGCGAAGCUAAAGAAAAGGAGAAACAGAGGAGGGCCCAGCAAGUUACAGUUGAAAGAACAGCCCAUUAUGGACUACUCUUUGAUGAAUUUCAAGGUUUGUCUCAUCUUGAAGCUCUGGAAAUCCUGUCAAAUGACAGUGAAGCUCAGAUUCAGUCAUAUUUAGCAACACUUGAUGGAGAGCAGUUGGAGACUGUGAAAACUGAUUUAAUUGCUAUAAAAGAGAUCUUUGUUCCAAAGGAAUCAGAUGAUGAAGCGGUGCAGGCACAGAAAGCAGAUACGGGAGAAGAGUUUGUCAGCAUGCUCACUGAACUGCUCUUUGAAUUGCAUGUUGCUGCUACUCCUGACAAACUCAAUAAGGCUAGGAAAAAAGCUCAUGAGUGGCUAGAAGAAGCCACUUUUUCCACACCAGUAGACAUAGAAGAGAAGGUAAAAGCAAAACCUGGAGAACCUGGUGAAGAAAGCGCUGAAAAAGAAGAAAAAACUGACAGUGAUAAACCAGAAAUAAAUAAAAACAAAACUGUGGAGGAAAUCUACAUGCUGUCCAUUGAAAGUCUGGCCGAGGUAACUGCUCGUUGCAUUGAACAGCUUCAUAAAGUAGCAGAAUUAAUUCUGCAUGGGCAGGAAGUGGAAAAAACAGCUCAAGAUCAAGCAAAAGUACUGACAAACUUAACAAAUGCCAUGUGCAAUGAAGUUUCAUCUUUAUCCAAGAAGUUUUCUGAUUCUGUAACAACAGCUGGGAGCAGAGUGAAGGCAGAGGUUCUUAACCCCAUCAUCAACAGUGUGCUAUUAGAGGGUUGCAACAGUACUACUUACAUUCAGGAUGCUUUCCAGCUAUUGCUUCCAGUUCUGCAAAUUUCCCAUAUCCAGACAAGUUGUUCGAAAGCACAAGAGUGACAGUUUCCCAGCAGCUGUCACCAUCGGGCUUAACAGAAACCGCAGACCUGAUGUCUUUUAAUGUUUGCAGGUAGAAGAGAUGGCACAAGAGAUGUCUGGCCUCUUCGAGUCCUUUGAAGACUCUAAAUGCAGUUUUGCACAUACAGUAUUGACCAACAUUUUAAAACUCAUCAGACUUUUAGACUUCAGAAGUAGUUAGUAAAGUGAGUAAUUUCUUUUCCAUUAGAGUAUAUCCUUUGCAGGAAUUUACAAUGAAGUUUAUUGAUAUUAGCAUUGACAUAAACACAAUUUCUAAAAGUUGACCAUUUCAGUUGUGUUCCAUGUAUGAAGUGAAUUGGAAUGUAAAGUCGUUUAAAACAUUUCAGCCGAAAUGACCAUUUCUGUUGUUUGCAUCCUGUCAGUUAAAAAUGUGUAUUUCAAAAAUUGGUUUCAUUAUUUAAUUUGAGGCAACAUCAACAAAUUAUCAUAGUGCUGUGCUCAUUAAA